AUGGGCCACAGCAUUUGUCUUUGCAUUUCGAUGGUGUCCGAGUUGCGCAAAUCCCUGGCAAAUCCACCGAAACGCUUUGCGCUGAUAGCGAGCAGCACAUUCUUGCUGGAGAAGAAGCAUCAGACUGUCUUGCAACUUGUCGAUGAAAUUUCCACAAAAGCAGAAGGGCUUGAUCUACCCAAGUCCAAUGCCUUGAAGGUCUCAGGGAAUUGCAUUCUGCAUUUGGUGUGCCUUGGCUACAUGUCGUCUGAUGAUUGCGAAAAGAAGUUGAACACGACCGAGUCGGAAUUCAACACAUAUAUGCAGCAACGAGGGUGUAGGACAUACAAUCAAUACAGCGUCAUGGCUGGGUGCUCUCUGUUUGCCAUUCCUUUCUGCAUGGUGGAGCGAUUGCCUGCUGGGAAGUGGCUUCUCCAUCUUGAAAAUGGUUCAUGUCCACACUGCGUGGCCAAUUGCGUUGUGGAUGAGGCGAGCCCCGUCACUGUAUGGGACAUAGGUGUGCGCAUGGAGCUUUCGCAUGGAGCAUUCUUUGACGCAUUGAGGAAUGGCAUUGAUCGAAGCAGCGCUGUCAUUUUCACAUUCUCUGAUGCAAGCUUCAAGAGCCUAGCCAACCAGGUUCCGGGGCCCUGCCUGACAGAUGCCGAUCAAGGGCAACUCUUGGACAUAUCAGCUGCAGGGCGCAGCGUGGAAUGCGACAGCGGCUCCUCAGAAGAGCUUUAUGAGAUUGAGGACAGUGACGACAGUGCUGAUGCUGAAGGGAAGCCUGACAACUCUGGCACUGGUGGAAGGCUUUGCUUGGUGAAAUCUAUUUGGCCGCGGUUCAUGCUGGAUGCCACAGCUCAAUCAAACGAGCUCGUCAAUCUUCUUCCAACUCAUACCUCCAGUUGGUGGCCUAUGGUCGAGGAUGUGGUGGGCUCGCCUGCGGCCGUGGGCUUGCUGGAUGGCUUCGUGCACACAGCCCUGCGCCACCAGGAGGCCAUGUACUUGUCCAUUGAUGGAACGUUCCGAGUGUGUUUGCCACUGCUGGGACAGGCGCCCUUCACGGCUCCAAAGGCUGUGCGUGACAAGCAACCAUUUGGGGAUGAUCGCAGCUACCACCGAGUCCUGAGCGCGCGUGGUCGCACCGGUGCAGUAUUAGCCCUGACUCCGUCCAAAGGGGAAGGGUCUGAAGAUAUCUGUCAGUGCUUAUUACAAUCCCUACCACCAGAUGCUUUGCAGCAAGUCAUUCAUGUGGCAAGUGAUUCUCCUUCUGGAAAACUUUUCAGUGAGCUGCAAAAAAUUUUGCCUCACAUGGAAGGGCUAUCCUUGGACCCCACCCAUGCUGCUAUGCACUACGAACAGGCGACUGGCGGCCGAAGGACCCAUGGGUCAUCGCUGCUCCGUCGGUUUUUGUCAAAGUUUUCAUGCCACGGCGCUGCCACCUCCCACAAUGUGUGGGGCUUGAUGUACGAUGGAACCCAGAGCCGGUGUCUCACUACUCAGGAGAUGCAACUCAGAGAUCAUGUGAUGGAAGGCACCAUGAACGCUCGCCGGGCCAGGCGUGUGAUCUCAGAGUCUGAAAUGUUGGAAACGUGGCCAACCAGGAUUCAAUUUGUGGAAGCUGUGGCUGCGCUUGCGGCAGACAACAAAAAAGAUUUGUCCCGCAAGAUUGACGGUACGAAGCUCACCGUAGCGAAGAUCCUGUACAACCUGGUGGCAGCAGAUCGCCUCGAGUGGCUUUUCAACAACCUUCGCUUUCGCGUCGGUCUGAAUGAUGUAACAAAGCUACUCCUACCGUCGGGGACCGCCAGCAACGAGGCACUGCAUGCAGAACUGAACGCCAUCUUUCGGCAAACCCAGCAGCUGCACCGAAGCACACUGGAACUCAAGCUGCAGGUCAUUCGCCUGGCAAAGCUGCUUGCACAUGGUGGCGCCCUAUACAGUCCCACUGCAAGGCAGAUCACUAGUGGCCAUGUUCUGGCACGCCGUUUGGGGCAGCCACUAUGGAGCACAGCAGCCUGGAAAGCAUGGGUGGAGCAGCAACGCGCUGAUCAAACGUAUCAGGGGAAAAGUUUGCCGCUUGCUGCACAAAGGAUGGAGGAACAGGCCAUCAUUGCCACCUCCAAGGGCAGGACUAGACCUGCAAAGAAACCUGCCGCAAGACGAACUCCCUUCACCCUGCAGCGUGAGGCAGGAAUACAAAGAACCGGUAUGUGUAAGCGGCAGAGGCGCGGUAGUUAG